AUGGAUAAGGUUGACUACGUCAACAAGGCAAACCAAAUCUUCGAUGACAGGGAAUCCUAUGCACCACUGGCUGCAGACCCAACGAAAAAGCAAGCCGCGACUAUCAAGAAGAAAGUGAAUGAGCUUGCCCGAUUGAAGCUCAUAAGCCCCGAUGACAGCAGAUCUAUGACCCUCAAUGACCCCCGUAUCGCACGUGCGUACGGCCUUCCGAAGGUGCACAAGACAGAUGCGCCGCUGAGGAUCAUUGUGCCACUUAUUGGAUCCCUUACUUACAACCUUGCCAAGUGGUUAUACAGCACCUCGCAAAUCGAUCGCAAUACAGCAUCAAAAACUCUCAGGCUUUCGUACAAAAGAUCCAAGGCCUUGAAGUAAGUCCUGACGAAUGCAUCCUAUCGUUCGAUGUUGUUGCCCUAUUUUCUUCAAUACCACACGACCUAGCGAUUGACAGCGUAGUCCGAUGUCUAGAGCAAAGUCCCAUUGGCAUUCCAACAGAAAAUGCUCUAGACAUGCUUAAACUUUGCCUCAAGAAUUAUUGUCAGUUCGAUGGCAAGUACUAUCAACAAGUAAAGGGCACCCCAAUUGGCUCCCCAAUAUCGGGGCUGCUUGCAGAACUAGUCUUGCAGCGACUAGAACAGGAUGUUGUGCACACCUUCGAACCAAAAAUGUGGCUCUGCUACGUGGACGACACAUUUGUCAUCAUAAAGACCAGGGAAGUUGAGCGAUUGCAUCAGAGCUUAAAUAGCGUCUUCCCGGCUAUACAGUUCACCCGCGAGGAAGCAACAGUAGAUACCCUCCCGUUCUUAGAUGUGAGCAUACAAGGACUCAAUGGUGGCAAACUAGCGACAAGCGUCCACAGAAAAGACUUUAGUGCCGAAAUCAUACUUAACUAUGAGAGCAAUCAUUCUGCGGCCCAUAAACGAAGCUGUGUCCACACUCUUUUCCAUCGGGCCUAUCGCAUCUGCAACAGUGAUGACUCACUUAAGAAAGAAUUGGCCUACUUGCUUCGGUUGUUCGGCUCCAACGGAUAUCCUGCCAGUUUCGUACAGAACUGUCUCAGACGCCAGAGACAACUACCAAACCCCGAGUCUCAUGAAGAUAGAGCGUCGCAGAAAUUUUAUUCACUGCCGUACAUUCAGGGAAUCUCUGAAGCACUCUCCCGGCAACUAAAACGCUUUGGCAUCUCCAUUGCCCAUAAGCCCGCAUCUUCCCUACGCGAGACAUUAUGCCGAGUAAAGGACCCAGUGCCCAAAGAACAAUUAACUAACGUCAUCUACCGCACACCGUGCGCCAACUGCCCUUGUGUUUAUAUUGGCCAUACAGGCCGAUGUCUUGGGACUCGCAUUAACGAACACGAGUUAGCCCUCCGCCGACGUGACCCUCUGUCCCUCGUGUUUGCGCACGCCAUUGAGCAUGAUCACCGCUUCAAUUGGGAUGACACUGAAGUGAUCGCAAAGGCUAACACCAGACAGGCGCGAGAAUUCCUCGAAGCUUGGCAUUCUGGCACGACCAGCAUCAACCGCCACGUCGAUCUAGACGCUCAUUACGAGGGCUUACGUACACGCUCACUUUCUUGUUCCCACACCUCAACAUUUGCUAACCGCCAGUCGGCCACUUAG